CAAACGGUCCUCUACUGCCAAGACGGGCAGCAGCUGUGAGAGUUCUUCUUCAAUCACCUAGAAUCUCCGCGCCGCCGCUACCACACAGGAAAUCUGCCUCCGCUACCUCUGGACGAUCCGCAUCGUAGUAGGCGUUUCUUCCGGAGCCCCCUACCAUCCGCGAGCCCGCGAGCCUCCGAGAACGUACCCCCGCGUGGCAGGUGGCAGGCACACCACCGUUGCGCGGUGUUCCUAGACUCGCCGCUUAACGAGAGUGCAACUGCAGUUGGCGGCCGACCUGUGUGCACGGCUCACGGGGAAACGCGGAGAACGUGCUCGUUCCGACUCGCCGCAGUUUCGGGAGAGACCCAGAAAGAGAGAUGAGAAUCAUAAUUCUAGUCGCAUUCGUCAUGGCCAUCCUGACGAGCGUCACGGCGCAAGACUUCAGGCAUUUCUUCGCGGGAUUUGGUCCUUACGGAAGUCUUCGAACCUCGGUACUGAGGGAUGCGAGAUCGAAUAGAGGUCCGGUGUUAUUCCCACCUGGGCCGCCACCCAAUGCAGCUGACACCAGCGGCGUCAUCGUAGGCGCGAGCGGAUAUGGAUUUGUGCCACCCAGCGCAGGAUAUUUCACCUACUUCUAUUACUAAAGAUUCGGUAACCGAGGGACUGAAAAGAAGAUGACAACUCGAAGAAAAUGGAGGUCAAGGAUGUUUCGGACAGUUACGGUUCGCAGACUUCAACUAGAAUUUGUGGAUGUAGAUGAAACGUUACGUGGCAGUGCGUGUCCGUCGAAGGAAAGAUGAGUCUGAAAUGGUUCUUUUUCUUUAUAUUUAACAAUGGUCUCUCCUCUAUGAUUGGCGGCGUGGGAGUACGCCUACUUCUCUCAUGAACUUUGCCAAAUUACGUAAGAUUCGCAGGAUAAAAGAGAGCUUUAUUAGAGCGACGUACAAAUACGUGCGAUUACACGAUAAGCAGAGCUUCUUUUUCUCAUCAGAAGAUAUCAAGUUUCCUCCCAAAGAUCGUAUACAAAAUAUUUUAACGCAAGAGGUGAAAGUUUUAGCGAAAUAGCGCAAUAAACGAGACUUGUGUUCUCUUAUCUCCUCCGGAUUAAGGAUCAUUCGAGAUGCAUCUUUAAGACCCUAAUGUCAACGAGAUCAAUAAUUAGCAGCGAAAUAUAUCGGCCAUAUCGAAAUUGAUAUUACGGCACUUAGUUUUAGUCUCGAUACCGAUACCGAACACGGUAAUCCCGAGCAUAAUAAUACGAGCAACGAGAACGUCCGUUAGCCGCGUAAUGAAGUCUACGAAAGUACAAGUCGUAUUUUAUGGUGCAUUACUACGGGUAUUCGCGCCUCCGCGUGGCGGUAACGCUCAGGCGUGUAUAAUUAGUAACAGCCGGAAAACACCGUGCUCUCUUGAUAGUGCGAUCCUAGAACAAAGCGAGCGGGACUUGAAUAGCUUCGUGCCUUACAGUCGAGAUAUAUCCGCUUAUGAAACAAGACCAGGUAAGAUAGAGGUGAGUCCGGCGCGAGCAUCGCUGGAUCCACUGAGAAUGAUUAAGAGACAUGAUUAAGAGCGAUUCGUGCCGACCAGUAAGUUAUUUAUUGCGACGCGAUGGCGAUUUAAUUAAGUAUUAAGUAACCGUUUUCGGGCGAACAGUCUUUGCCCGAUCCAGGCCGAUCCGCGUUGAAAUUGUACGCUCCGUGUAAUCAGUGCGACUCGAACAUAAGUAAUAUUUAUAUGUAAAUGUGAUAGAGAAAGAGUAAGGAAAUGAUACGGGGUCACGAAUCAAUGGCGGGGUGCCGCCACCGCUUUCAUUUCCAUGCAAUUCGGUCAUGGUUCUUUAAAAGCAAAAGAGAUAUAUGUUCCACGUUGGUGCAUUAAUACCCGGCUUCCCAGCCAAUUUGUUCCGCACGCGCCCGGUUUUAAUCGCACGGUGGCGAAAAAUACGCAAGUCCACAGCUUCAUUGAUCCGUGGCCGAAAAACAUCCACAUUCUGGUUAAUUGACUUGCCCUUACGUAAUUUUCGUGGACGCAUGGUCUUAGAAUAUUUUUGUAAGUUUUUAUAUACAUCUAUAAGGAGUGUGUAAAUAUUAUAUAAUUUACAGAAAUAUAAAAUAAAAUCAUAUCAAAUAAUGUCUAUAAAUCACGUUCACUAAAAAUUUAUGUCUAUGAAAAUUAUAUAGCUUUAAUUUGUCAGUUAGCUUAAUUCGUCAAGUUAAUAAUAGUUAAUCAAUUAAGUAAUUUAGUGGAAAACCAAACAUAUUAAGAAAUAUUUCAAAGAUGAAUCAUGCAAUGUAUAAUUAAAUUUUUUAUAAAAA